AGUAGAGGUGGGCGGAGCAAUCCAAAUAAUGAUAGUGCCGAUACCAACGCUGUUAUUGGUUUUGGAUCAAGCCUAGCAUGAAUGGAUCGAAUCUUUGUUUCUAUCCUCUUAUCCCUUCAGCAGGAAAUCUAUAACUUGCGAUGUACGCAUAAACUCGUUUUAACCCUACGAGGUAACCUGACACGCACCUCCCGAGGAAUGUAACUACACCUUUGGUCAACAUAACCCAUGACGACUUGAAUGGUGUGAAAGGUUGUUUUAUAGGGUUAAGAGGGGUUUCCAGUUAUGUGGUAAAUGAUGACAGAUUUCCUGCAGAAGUCUAAAUCAAGCUUAAGUUCAGUGUAUAGCUCACUGCAAGUUAUUUUUAUAGACACGAGAAGCAUCUUAGCAUUUUGUUUUGACUCACAUCUAUUUUAUUUAUAGUCUACAGCACAUUUACACGACAUAAGUUCACCCAAAGCGAUCUAGAGACAGUCACAUUUAUAUUUCAGUUCUCAAAAAAAAACUUUAUAAAUGGAUGAAAAGCUGAAAUCUGUGUUUUAUUGUGUUAAUUAAUUAUUGUAGAAGGUAAAAAUCACAUUGAUUGCAUUGAUAUCCUUAUUGGUAUCAGCAAUGCUGACCAUGUAGUUACUUGGUAUCGGCUCAUACCAAAACAAAAUACAGUAUCGACAGCACUAUCCCUGCUCGGGGCCUUCCUUGAAUUUGUCAGCCGUGCGUUGGAAGGAAGGAGGCGCGCUAAGAUUUCUCGUCGGCGGAUAAAAUCCCGUCAGCUCUGACGUCUCUCCCUUUAAGAUGCGCAGCAGCGAGUCGCUGGGAAACGGAGGCUGUGCGCUCGUCGGGUCCCAGCAGCGCUUAUUUCUUUGUCACAAUGAUGCCUUCUUUGAUCUGAUGGGACGGUGAACGGGCCGCUGGUCUAAUAUUCGGAAAUAUCGGGGAUCAAAGCUGAGGAUCUCUCUGAUUCCGGGCUGUGGCGGUCGUUCUGUGGUCCCGAUGGAGCUGAAAUAUCGCUCAGCUUCAAGGACACACUCUUCAUCAUAUUUUUUUGAGCGGCUGAAUGAUUUCUAUUGAAAACCCGGAUUGAGACACAAGCUCUGGUCAAGGCAAGCAAAAAGAAGAAAACAACUGCAGCUCGUUGUAAUAACCAGUAAAUAUGCGACGCGUGUCGUGGUUUGCUACGAGAAUGUGAUCAGACGGGAAUAUCUGGUUUCUCGCUCUACUGCCUCCUAAAAAGAGUCGCUCAUGAUGCCCAGGGCUUUGCGGAGACUGGUUCAUUUGAUGCUGUUCUGCCCUUUAUCCAAAGGCCUGCAGAGUCGCCUUCCAGCUAUUAAAGUGAAGUACCUUCUGCUGGCAUGGCUGGGCAUCCUCGUCAUCAGCUGGAUCGUCUACAUGCAGUAUGCCUCCUACUCUGAGCUGUGCCGUGGGCAUGUUUGCCACAUGGUCAUCUGUGAUCAUUAUAGAAGAGGCAUAAUAUCAGGUUCAUCCUGCAAGGCGCUAUGUGACCAGAGAACGCUAACUCUGCAGCGCUGCAUGUCCACCUCCUCCACACAUCAGGUGUACAAUGGACUGUGGAAGGAGAAGCCUGUGGUAAUUAAAUGUGGCGUUGAAGAUCCGGUGAAAACUGACGGAGCGCCCGACUCCAUGCUGCGACAGGAGAUGAGCCUGUUUGACAAACCCACACGUGGAACCUCGAUGGAUGAAUUUAAAGAGAUGCUGCACAGUUUCCUUAAGGUUAACCUCGGUGAACAGUCAUCUUUGAGCACCUUGGUGGACAGGGUCAUCACACUUGCUGAUGUUAACCAAGAUGGCAAAGUGUCACUAGCAGAGGCCAAGUCCAUCUGGGCUCUUCUCCAGAUCAAUGAGUUCCUCCUGAUGGUGGCGCUGCAGGAAAAGGAGCACACCCCUAAACUGCUGGGCUUCUGUGGAGAUUUGUAUGUGACGGAGCGCGUAAGCCACAACUCACUCUACAGGCUCGAGGUGCCAAAUUCCCUGCAGUCUCUCAUCCCAGAGGCCUUGAGCUCCAGCCUGAACCACUGGCUCGCGCCAGCUUGGCCCCGCCGAGCUCGCAUCACCAUUGGCCUGCUGGAAUUUGUGGAAGAGGUCUUCCACGGCUCCUACGGGAGCUUCCUAAUAUGUGACGCCAAUCCUUACCACGUUGGCUACAAUUCAAAGUACGACUGCAAGAUGGCCAACCUUCGCAGCGUGGCAUCAGAAGCUGUUGUGCGGGGAUUUUUGAAGGGACGCCGAUGUGAGACAAAUGGAGACUGCACGUAUGGGCGGGACUGCACGGCCACCUGCGAUCGGCUGGUGAAGCAGUGUAACACCGAGGUUGUGCAGCCUAAUCUCGCUAAAGUGUGCGUGCUGCUGCAGGACUAUCUGCUUUUCGGAGCACCUUCAGACCUGCGUGGGGAUCUGGAAAAACAGCUGCGCACCUGUGUGACACUCAGCGGUUUGGCAAGCCAAAUGGAGGUUCACCACUCACUAGUGCUCAACAACCUGAAGACGUUACUGUGGAAGAAGAUUUCAAACACUCAGUACUCCUGAAAAACGGAUGCUCUAGUAUAAAUGAAUUGUUACAUGAAGACGGGUGGUUUUUGGUUAUGACGCUUGCAGUAAAUGUUUUAGAGGGUCGUGUUUAAUCAUGUAUUUUCACUCUACACUGACUGUGAAUAACAGGAAACUGUGAACUACUGAAUAUACAAUGUGAAGCAGGCUUUAUUCCUACUAUAAUCCCCAUCAUGCUUUUGUGUUCCAAUGGGUCUGUUUGCACAUAAUAUUCUCAGGACACUGCCUGUAACGUUGUUUCUAAAAUUCUGGAUGUAAAUAAGACGUUUUUAAAAUAAAUGAAGCAACAUGUUGGAUUAUUUAUGGUUUCAUAGAAUUGUUUUUUUCUGUCCUUGGUAAUGUGCAAUUGGGAGUGAUACAGCUAGAAAUAUCAGAAGAAUAUCGCAGCUUCUUUUGUAUAAAUCAAUUUGCAUCUCAAUCAGAGAGUCAUCACAUGUAGAAUCUUUCUGAAAGGAUGACACUUGAACUGCAGACAUCGUUGACAUUAGGUGUCCCUGAUCA